CGGGUCAAUUCGAGUGGCAAUAUGAAAUUCGCCCAUUGGCAGGAAUGAAUUAAAGAGGAGGUUCUAUCUAUAUUUCCGCCGUUCCGAUUAGCCGACCCUGGUUUCGUCGCUCUCCCAUCGCUGGAGCUGCCACUCGAAACCCUUCCGAAUCCACCGCCCGAUCAUCGGAGACAGAAAUCUAGAAGAUUAGAAUGGCGAUGAACUUCCGGAGUUUCGAGGAGUUUUGGUCUUUCUACGUCAGCCAGCACUCGAAGGCCUCCACCCGGCGGUGGCACUUCGCCGGUACCGUCUCCGCUCUCCUCUGCUUCCUACUUGCCAUCCUCCUCGGCCGAUGGAUCUUCCUCCUCCUCGGCCCCAUCGUCGGCUAUGGACUCGCCUGGUACAGUCACUUCUUCGUCGAGGGUAAUAUCCCCGCUACCUUCGGCUACCCCCUAUGGUCCUUCCUCUGCGACCUCAAGAUGUUCUCCCUGAUGCUCACCGGACGGAUGGAUCGGGAGAUCAAGCGCCUUGGCAAGAGGCCCAUAAUCCAGGCCUUCUGAUCGGUGGAUCCAUCAGAUCGUCCGUGUGAAUCCCUCUUUGUUGGUAAAUAAUCCGUCAAUCCCUCCCUCGAUUUGUCGCCUGCCCCUCUAAUUUAUUCCCUGUGUAAAUUUAUAGUUUACAUAUAACUGAUAAAGAUGAUUAUAGUGUUUCUAGAUUCUAAAUCUUGCUAUUAAUUGUUUAGUUUCUUCCUGUUC